UCUAAUUGAAAAUUUAUUUACUGUCAAAUUUUCGUUCUUGGCACUAACAUCGUGAAAUAAAAUGCUAAAAAAACAGUUUAUUGCAUAAUUCGAGUGUACAGUCACGCAACACUUCAUAUUAAUUCUAAAAAUAAUUAUUUAAACUCAUUUUUAAUACUUAAUAAAUUAAAUCAUGAAUAAAAUCUUACAUUCACGUUAAACUUCAAAUUUUAUUCAUAAAUGGAAUUAUUAUCUUUAAUUCAAAUGAGUGUUUUCGACUUAUUUAAAUGCCAACGAGUAGUAGUGCAGCUACACUUGAUAAAAGAAAAUUACACAUUAAUCAAAAUAAAUCUUCUGCAAGAAUCUCAGACAAAACUAGAGCAAUCACAGCACAACACAAUAAAGAAAAAGAUUUCUUAACGAUAGGACCAGCUUUACCAUUAACAAAUACAUUGAAAUCAUCUUCAUCCAAAAAUAAAAAUGUUAACAUCCAUAAAGUUGAAUCUAUUGAAAACAUAUCGUUACAAGUCCAACAAAGAGGAAGCACUUUUAAGGUAUCGAGGGAUCAGAAAGAAAAGGAAAAACACCCAGAUAGAGUUUGUUUGGACAGAAGGGGAUUAACGGUUAUUCCUAUAUUAGAAAAUGAGCCUAAAUUAAGAUUAUUUUCGCUACAGCACAAUUUAAUCAACACUUUAGAAGGCUUUAAAGAGCAAAUGUUUCAGUUUUUAGUGUUUUUAGAUAUUUAUGAUAAUCAACUGGAGAAAAUUGGGUUUUUGGAAAAUUUGGAAAAUCUUAGGGUUCUACUUUUAGGAAAAAAUAGGAUUACAAAAAUAGAAGGUCUCGAAAAUUUAUUAAAAAUUGAAGUUUUAGAUCUCCACGGUAAUCAAAUCCAAACUGUAACAAACUUAUCAACAUUAUCGGAAUUAAAAGUAUUAAAUUUGGCCGGAAACCAAAUAAAAAUAAUCAACCAAUAUGAUUUGCAAGGUUUAAAUUCUUUGCAAGAAUUAAAUUUGCGACGAAACAAAAUUAAAAAAUUACUCGGAUUUGGAUCCACACCAAACUUAAUAAAACUUUAUUUAAGUAACAACAACGUUACGAACGUUGAAGAUAUGACAAGUAUAAUAAAAUCAACGAAUAUAAAAGAAAUUUCUAUCGACAACAACCCGGUUUUUCUAAACGGAGAUUGCGCAUCAUUUUUAAUAUCGUUUUUGCCACUUUUAACCAGCUUGAAUUCCAUGCAAAUUACAGAACAAGUUCGGAAAGCUGCAAUGAUAUGGAGGCGUAAAAAGGAAUCUUCAAGUGAAUCAUUCUUGGACUUGUCUUGCAAUGCAUCACUAAAUGGACGUAGAGAAGAAGUUAUUUCGAAUGCUCGUACAAAUUGGGAAUUGUUAAGAUCGCAAACGAAAUGUUUAACGAAUUGUUCCGUAUCAAUUGUUAAAAAAUUACAACCGGAUGCUGAUUUUAUUCUAACCAGUUUAUCAAAACCGGAAAAUCGGAAUGUUUUAAAAAUUAAAUCGAAAGUUGCAACGAAAGUUCCCGCAUUAAAAGAAAAAAAGGUGGUGUUAAGAAGUGGUUCUCAAGAUACUGAUAAUUCCCAAAAUACUUCGUCGUCAAAUACUUCGAAUAGCGGUGAAUUUUUUCGGUUACCUCCAAUUUUAGUUCCAAUUAUUAACAAAAUGGAACAAAAAAAUCAAAACGUAAUAAAACCAUCAAAUAGUUUAUCUAGUAUUGGUCCAAAUAUCGAUAGUAGUGUUAGUUCAUUAAAUAGUACUCAUUCUGACAGCGAUUCUGAUAGUAAUUUAAGUGAUUCUAAAAGUAUUGAAGAAUCAAUUAAAAACGAUUGUAACGAAAAUCCAAUCAAACAACCAGAACCCACCCCCAACAUAAAAGAAAUUAAUCUCCCAAAAUCAUCAUCAAACACAGAUUCAUCAAGUAACAUCUCCACAAACACGGCAAUAUCAAACGUAACGAUUCCAAGUAAUUCAGAUUUAAACCCAUCUUCAAAAAGUAGUUCAAAAAGUGUUUCAAGAAGUAUAAAAAGUGCUACUAAUUCACGUUUAGUUCACAAUUCUAAAACGAAUGUAAGGGCAGCUACGGCAAAACCAAAAAAGUCAUCUCCCGUUAAUGCUGCGUCAAAAGAACGAGAACAAGGUGGUGAUUAUUUGAUUGAAAUUUGUGGUCGAUAUUUAAAUGUUUACGGACAAGCUGCAUUAAGAUUUAUUGAUAAGCCGUGGAGUCCAAGUAAAGCUAAUGACGUUACGACAAUUAAUUUUAAUUACGCUAAUUUUAACGGGAUAACGCCGAUUUUGAGUAAAAUAAAAAUGAGAUUUCCAAACGCGGAAAAUUUUAAUUUUCAAGAAACCAACAUUCAAUUUAUUGGGCAAUUAAAUGCUUUAGCUGAAAUUCAAGGAUUGGUUACUUUAAAUAUUGGGGAAGAAGGUAAUCCGGUUGUUAAAAAAACAUCUUGGAGAAGUUACGCAAUUUAUAGGUUAUCUCAUUGGGGUUUAAAAAUUAUUAAUGGAGAGAAGAUUGAAGAUGAAGAAAUAAAAUUAGCUAAUGAAGAAUAUAAAAGUUUAAGUGAUUUGGUUUUAUGGUCUUUACCAGAGCCUUUAUUACAGCCUCUUUUAACAAGACUUCACAUCGAUUUAUCUCAGACUAAAGAACAAAGUGCUAAAAAAUGGUUGCUUGGAGUUGAUCCUGCACUUCGAAGUGUUGUAAGUAAAGAAGCGUUACAAUGGAAAAAAGGAAAUGUACCACAAGAAUGUUUGUUAUCUCGACAAAAAGCGAAAAUAUAUUGCAGUUCCAUAAUUGACUUGACUUGUAAUGCUAUUAAAAAGCUUCGACUUCUCGAUCAACAAUGGCCAGCUAUUUUACAAGAAAUGGUUCAAAAUACUUUAUUGGAUUAUUCCCAAUUAGAUAUGUAUAUGAAAAAGAAAUUGAAAGAAUUGGGAUAAAUUUGUAUAAAAA